CAGCGUGUAGAGCGAGAGAGAGACGACGAGGACUAGGGAGAAGAGAGUGGGAUGACAGGAAGUCUGGAUCUCUCAGCGUAGGAUUUCCUCUUCAUCACAGAGCUGGAGCAGAGGUGGAAUCCUGCUGUGUAUUUCAGCUUGUUUUGCCUUUCAGACUGAUGACGAUCUGUGUAACUUGAAGAGCGAAGAAAGGAGUUUUAUAGUUUACCUCAGUCAUGCAGAAGGCAGGGACGGCCCCUUCCUCCCGGGGUCCAAGUGCUCCUGGGUCCCCAGCCACCUCGAUUGUGGCACGCAUGGACAAUCAGGUCAUUGGAUAUAAGGACUUGGCAGCCAUUCCCAAAGACAAAGCCAUUCUUGAGGUGGAACGGCCAGAUCUGAUGGUGUACGAGCCGCAUUUCAAUAUCUCAGCCCUGGAUCGGAUAAGUCUCUCCAGGAGCAGAGAGAGAUCGAUGUCUCCUCAUUCUAUCUCUCCCCCGCCUUCCCCUGAGAUAUUUGCUUCUAAAGAGUCAAAGGAGUGGUCAGAGCAGGGCUCUCCAGGAGGCUCCAACAUGGGCUCCACGGUGCAGCUCCGCAAAAUCAGCCCCGUGCAGCACUUCCACAGGCCAGACAUGGGCAUCAACAUCUAUAAGAAGCCACCAAUUUACAAACACGACGGACAGACGGGAACGUCUCACAGUAAACAUGAUGUGAUCAUUGAGUCCUCCAAGUUCCCAGCAGCCCAGCCGCCGGAUCCCAGCCAACCUUCAAAGAUAGAGACGGAGUACUGGCCCUGUCCCCCCUCUCUAGCCACUAUGGAGAUUGAGUGGAGGAAGAAGGCAGCCGAGCAGGGAAAUCCAGUCGAGGACGACGAGUUUGAGGAUCUGACAGAAGAUGCAAAGAGACUCCAGGAACAGGAGCUUCAGAAGAUACAGUCCAACUUGGGCAAACUGAUCCUGAAGGAGGAAAUUGAGAAAUCAGUGGUCAUCCGCAGAAAAACACGCUCCCUGCCAGACGGGGCAAACAUACAGUUGGGAUCAUCAGCCAGUGCUACUAAAUCAGCCUCUUUACCUCCCUGCAGUCGAACGGGCCUCACCAGGCUCCAGUCCGCAGACUUCACCUCCACAGACAAUGGGAAAGCAAAAACAGGUACGAAUGGCGAUUCUCAGAGGGGGAGAAUGGACAGAGGAAGCUCUCUUCCUAGUAUUCUGGAACAGAAGAUAUAUCCAUAUGAAAUGCUGGUUGUAACCCACAGAGGGCGCAGUAAACUUCCUCCAGGUGUUGACAGGACCAGAUUAGAGCGGCAUCUGUCUCCGGAGGACUUCCACAGUUUAUUCGGAAUGUCCAUCACAGACUUUGAUCGUCUGUCACUAUGGAAACGGAACGACCUGAAGAAGAAAGUGUCCCUUUUCUAACAUUAGGACUUUCGGACUUGGAAACUGAACCCCUCGCCCUCCAGAGACACCAGUUAUAUCCACUCUAAUCUAAUACGGAUGCUAUGCAGACAUUUGAAGAAGACACCACAUCACCAGAUGAUAUUUCACUCACAUAAACAGCACUCUCUCUACGUCUGGUAUACAUAAUAAAGACAUAAUAAAGACUCAUGCAUCCCUACAGUCGCUUCAUAUCUGGAAAAUCGGUUUAUUAGUGAUGAAAUAUCAAUUUCAUAAACUGCUCCAGCCGUUUCUUUACGCCUUACAUCUAUUUCAAAUUCUUAAAGUGCCCAGAGAUGUUUAUAAUAAUAGGCCUAUAUAUUUACACAAAGUUUUAAUCGUAAACGUCACUUGUUUUUUAUUAUUUGUUCACUAAUAUUCCACUGUAAACGUAAUUUAUUGUAUCCCAAACACAUAUGGCACUGUACAUAUAUAUUGUUAUUUUUAUUUAUUCUUGGUGUCGAUAUGUAAAAGUUCAGCUUUAACAAUCACUAGAUCAACAUUUCUAACAUCUAGCAAAAAUGAAAUGUUCAUCAUCAUUCAUUAAAAAUGCAUGGACACUAGGUUUACUCCAUUUAUUCAGUUUUACCGAUAAAAGCACUGCGAUAUACAACUUCUAUUCACGCUAAUAGCAACAGUGUUCUAUUGUGGACUAAUAUGAACUAUCUGAGCUCAGGCUUGCUGGUAAGCUCUGGCUUUUAGGUUGUAAUUACUAAACAGCACUAGAGGAUCUUUGUUCCACUCCGUUCUCUUGGAUUCCAGAUGUGUUUUGUCGAUGCAUACUUGUGUUUUUACUGUCUUUAGUAGUUGGUCUCCAUUGUGGUCUUUUAAAACUGCACAGGUGUUAUCAAGUCAUGCACUGCACGCUUACAGAGGAGACUGCCCAACGAUUACGUGUCUGUCAUAGUUCUGUGUUUCAUCAGCGUUUUUAUGUAACAUGGUGUAAUGUUGAAAAAAUAAAAUAAAAGCUUCAUGUUAGAA